AUGAGCGCACACAAAAUCUCCACAGCACCUCGAACUACCUCAGAUGAGACAAGAAGAGAAGCAACAAGCAUGGAAGGGCUUUCUGAGAACGAUGGUGCAGUCGGCAUAGAUAUCUCGCCCGCCCAGGGCAUCGAAGACAUUGUUGGAUUCAGUAUCGGUCAAGAGCAACUUCGCAUGAAAUCGGCAGAUACACCUGCGUUCGAGAAAGCCAAGGUCCUAAAUCAGUCGAAGGACUACUUCGACCUCGAACCAGAAGAUGGGGAACAAAAAGAAGGCGAUGCAAGUCUGCAUACAUAUCAAGAUCUUCAGAUUGGCUCAAAUUUAAUGCACGGUACAUUGGCUGGCGAGGCAUUUAAAAGCCCUAAUCAUCAGCCAUCGUCAAUUGGGCCAUCUGUGGAAGAGGCGUCUCGAUUGAAUAAUACAAGGUCAAUCAUGAAAGACGCAUUUGGAUCAAGGAUAAGGCGAGCAUCUUCGGAAUCUAGUGGGAUGGUAGACGCACUGAAGAAGCUCUUACCCGAACUGCCAUCGAUCUCUCUCCCCAGAGCUCCAGGUUUGGCCAGCUUCGGGUUUGGGUCAAAGUCCAAAACAGUCCACCAGCUUAACGCGUCCAAAAGAUCUAGCACAUUGUUUUCGUCAAGCAAUUUGCCAUGGGUGUCACUGGGUCACCCUCCGGAUCCUGCCGUUGCCGUAGCUCAGGCAAACCAAAGCCUGCAUAAACAAAACGACAGUGCAUUUGCCUCUCUUCUACAUAGUCAUGAAAAUCUACCGCUUGGUUCAUGGCAACAGCACUUACUGUCCCCACGUGCCACGCCAAAGCAACGCUCAUUGCGGCGGGCUACUUCUGAGAGCUCCAUUUUCAUGCGCAACGAUUUAGAUAGAACGACGACCCAAGACGAUGCAGAGAAAUGGACCAACGUUUCCGAACAGAUCAAUUCCCGCUUCAAGGCCAUAACGGACAGCUUCCAAGAUUCAGCUCUCAGUAGAAUGCCAAAGAUGCCAAGCGUCAGUCUAAGCUCGCUCAAACCCGGCGGCAUCCAACGCAACAACAGUGAUGACACUAAAUUCGACAGUCAUCACACCAAUGCUAGUGUACAGCGGAGUUCUGCGACGAACAAACCUGGCAUAGCGAAUACAAAUGCAUCUUCUGGUAAACAGGCUAAGCAUGCUCAUCCAAUUCUCAAUGAAGCGGUGUCCGACCUCGCUGGUGAUGUGGUUGUUCUUGGUGGAUACAGAGGGUCAAUUCUCCGCUCCGCAAAGCCACCACACAAACAGCUUUGGGUUCCUGUCAAGGUUGGCAUGAAUCUUCGUCGUGUUGAUCUAGAAGUCGGUUUGAAUCCAGAGGACGAGGAAAGAAUGAAAGAGACGAUUGUCCCGUCAGGAGUCCUUUCACACAUUGGACCGGUCGACAUUUGCAGACGGUUGCUUCGACACCUCAAAAGGUCGGCAAGGGACCGACCAGAUCAGCUCAGAAUUCACAAUUAUGGCUAUGAUUGGAGGUUAAGCCCUGAUUUACUGAGCCAACAACUAAUUCAAUUCUUGGAGUCUCUUCAGUGCAAUAAAAAGGACAUAACAGGCCGUCAAAGAGGCGCUGUAGUGAUAGCUCACAGUCUUGGAGGUGCUAUUACUCGCCACGCAGUAAAUCAGCGGCCUGAUCUGUUUGCCGGUGUGCUCUAUGCCGGUGUGCCUCAACACUGCAUCAAUAUUCUUGGUCCUCUCCGCAACGGUGAUGACGUGCUACUCAGUUCACGUGUGCUGACUGCACAAGUUAAUUUUACCUUGCGUACUUCUUACGCGCUGCUACCAGAAAGUGGAAAAUGCUUUAUCAGCAAAACAACGGGCGAAAGAUAUGAUGUUGACUUCUUCGACGUCAAAACAUGGGAGGAUUAUUGUCUAUCACCAUGCAUCGCAGCUACUCCUCCUGUAGCUCGUCCUGAACAACGGAAGAGCAUCAUCGGUGCGCUCUCGGAUAGUCUACCCUCGCUUCCUUUGUCAAACAAGCGAAAUUCCAUCUCUCGAAGAGCUGAUUCGCCCUCUCCAGAAGCUCCGGUGUCUCUCGAAGACGCCAAAGAAGCUAUCAAGGAAAGCGCCAACCAUACAGCCCAGAAAGCCGAAGAGGCCUUUGCUAGCCCCAACACCCAGCCCCUCGAGCCUUCAAUGGGAUCAUUGCCGCCAGCUGCAACUAAAGAUACCGUAGCUACAGCUUGCACGCUUCCUCGUGCUGAAGCGCUUGCUUAUCUUGAGCGGACUUUGCGAUCGGUACGCCAAUUCAAGCAGGAAUUAGCUUUCAAUCCAUCUCAUCAUUCCGCAGACGUCUACCCUCCUAUGGCGGUACUGUACAGCGACAGUGUUCCGACAGUUUUUGCUGCACGUGUGGACAGCCGGGAAGCAAUCAAAAGGGCUGACGCAUACGAUAAUCUUGCUUUCGCAGCAGGGGACGGAGUUGUUCUAUCGCGGUCGGCACGACCACCAGAGGGCUACAAGAUCGUGAAGGGAGGUCUGGUGAAGACAGACAGAGGUCAUAUAGGAUUACUGGGGGAUCUUGAGGCGGUGGGCAAGUGUCUUCGAGCGAUCAGCGAUGCGAGGAGGCGAGGGGUUGGUACAGGAAUAUUCGCCAAGAAGGGGGCGUAG